UAGGUGGGCACAUUCCGCAUGGUCCCUGAAGAAGAACAGGAGCUCCGGGCCCAGUUGGAGCAGCUCACAACCCAGGACCAUGGGCCCGUCUUUGGCCCGUGCAGCCAACUGCCCCGCCACACCUUACAGAAGGCCAAGGAUGAGCUGAACGAGAGGGAGGAGACUCGGGAGGACGUGGUGAGAGAACUGCAGGAGCUGGUGGAGGCACAGGCCACCUCUGGGGAGGAACUGGCCGUGGCGGUGGCGGAGAGGGUGCGAGACAGGGACAGCGCCUUUCUUCUUCGCUUCAUCCGUGCACGGAAGUUCAACGUGGGCCGCGCCUACGAGCUGCUCAAAGGCUAUGUUAACUUCCGGCUGCAGUACCCUGAACUCUUCGACAGCCUAUCCCUGGAGGCUGUUCGCUGUACCAUUGAGGCUGGCUACCCUGGUGUCCUCUCCAGUCGGGAUAAGUAUGGCCGAGUGGUCAUGCUUUUCAAAAUUGAGAACUGGCAAUGUGAAGAAAUCACCUUUGAUGAGAUCUUGCAGGCCUAUUGUUUCAUCCUGGAGAAGCUACUGGAGAAUGAAGAAACUCAAAUUAAUGGCUUCUGUAUCAUUGAGAACUUUCAGGGCUUUACCAUGCAGCAGGCCUCCAGGCUCCGGACUUCGGAUCUCAGGAAGAUGGUGGACAUGCUCCAGGAUUCCUUCCCAGCACGGUUCAAGGCCAUCCACUUCAUCCACCAGCCGUGGUACUUCACCACCACCUACAACGUGGUCAAGCCCUUCUUGAAGAGCAAGCUGCUUGAGAGGGUCUUUGUCCAUGGAGAUGACCUCUCUGGCUUCUUCCAGGAGAUUGAUGAGAACAUUCUGCCAGCUGACUUUGGAGGCACGCAGCCCAAAUAUGAUGGCAAAGCUGUGGCUGAGCUGCUCUUUGGCCCCCGGGUCCAGGCUGAAACCACAGCCUUGUGAGGACAUGUCCAGCCAUUUGAAUUGUAGUUAGCAUCCCUGGGCCUCUCCUCAGCCACCCUAGGCC